AUUGCAACGAUCAUGUCCAAAUUGGCGGAUUAUUCGACUUGCGAGAUUUCAGACGCACUGAUAAAACUUGGGAGCUCAAAUGGAGGCUACAUACCUGACAUUAACCUGAUACCUACUCUCCCGUCAGAUACCACCGUCUGCGGUCCUGCUUAUACCGUUCAGAUCGUUCUUGCCGCUGACCAGUCCGCUCCAAAACUCUCUGCCCACUUCGUGGACACCGCCCCUGCAUCUUCUGUCAUUGUCAUCAAUGCACCUCCAAAACUCAAGAACGCCGUUUGGGGUGGUCUGAUGACUGCCGGCGCUCAGGCUCGUUCUGCUGUAGGCGUCAUUAUCUCGGGUCGUUGCAGAGACAUUGGCGAACAUGCUAGUCUCAACUAUCCUGUCUUUUCUCGCGGCCAUUCUACUCUUGGCCAGUCCCCAUUCACACGCCCUUCGGCCAUAGGUGUUCCCCUUGUGAUUCAAGCAGAGGAUGAUUUCCCCUCUGUCACUGUUCACCCUGGGGAUUGGAUGGUCGGCGAUAAAGACGGUGUCGUGUGUGUUCCAAGGGACCUAGAAUCGAAAGUCGUCGAGUUGACGGCGAAAGGAAGGGAGGUGGACGCCAAAUGCAUGGAGGACAUUCAAGCAGGAAAAGGGGUGCAAGCUUCUUUCAAGGCACAUAGAGGUAAAUUGUGAUAGUAUAUUGUACAACCGUGUGCGAUAGAUAGAGGUACAUAGCAUAUCUUUACCUUUUCCGCUUUCCGUUGAG